AUGUCCCCAGCAUCGGCUGCAACGGCCAGUGAGAGCAGCACCACUACCGUUCCAGAGGAGGACACAGAAGAGAGCGCCCGCGAGGAGCGCGAGAAGCAGCGGCCCCUGAAGCAGUCCCUCAGUAAGUCCCUGUGCAGGGAUAGCCACUGGAAAUGCCUGCUCCUGUCCCUACUCAUGUACGGCUGCGUGGGGGCCAUGACCUGGUGCCACGUGACCAAGGUGACGCGGCUUUCCUUUGACAGUGCCUACAAGGUCAAGUCAAUGAUGUACCACGAAAGCCCCUGCUCCAACGGAUACAUCUACAUUCCUGUGGCCUUCAUGGUCAUGCUAUACGUGGUCUACCUGGUGGAGUGCUGGCACUGCCGCACCCACAACGCGCUGCUGUACAAGGUGGACGUGGAGAGUGUGGGUGAGCGCAUCGGGUGCAUGCAGCAGGCCACACCCUGCAUCUGGUGGAAGGCCAUCAGCUACCAUUAUGUGCGGCGCACGCGGCAAGUGACGCGGUACCGUAACGGCGACGCCUACACCACCACGCAAGUGUAUCACCAGCGUGUCAACACGCACGUGGCCGAGGCGGAGUUUAACUACAGCAACUGCGGCGUGAACGACAUCUCCAAGCAGCUGCAGGGCCUGGACAGCUUCCCCGUCACCAAGCUGAGGUUCACCAAGUGCUUUAGCUUUGCCAAUGUGGAGUCGGAGAACUCCUACCUAACCCAGCGGGCCCACUUCUUCACCGAGAACGAGGGCCUGGACGACUACAUGGAGGCCCGCGAGGGCAUGCACCUGAAGAAUGUAGACUUUAAGGAGUACAUGAUUGCCUAUUCAGACCUGGACCACCUGCCCUGGUACGUGUCCAACUACGUGUUCUGGGCAGCCGCUGCCUUCACCUUCUCCUGGCCGCUGCGUGUGCUGACCGAGUACCGCACAGCCUACCUCCACUACCAUGUGGAGAAGCUGUUCGGCUUCGACUGUGUCCCUGUCACACCAUCCGAGGAGCGACCAUACUGCCACCACAUCCCUAGGGUCAACACCAUCGAAAGCACCGAGCUGGAGUGGCACAUCCGCUCCAACCAGCAGCUGGUGCCCAGCUAUUCCGAGGCUGUGCUCAUGGACCUUGCUCAGCUUUCCUCAGGUGGCGGCAGCAAUGCCAACACCUACUCGGUGUGCGGCAGCUAUGGCAGCUACCGACAGAACUGCGAGCGCUGCCACUGCACCAUCAGCAGCUCAUCCAUCUUCUCGCGCAGUGCUCUGAGCAUCUGCAAUGUGACUAGCCCACAUAUCCCCUUCAGCGCCAGCCGUUUCUCAUUGUCGCGGCUGUACGGCUCGCGGCGCAGCUGCUUGUGGCGGAGCAGCGGCAGCCUCAACGAGACGUCGUGCCCCACAGAGAGCACGCGCUGCCUGACACCGUCGGACCAGCCAGCUAGUGAGGAAAACCCGCCAGACUACCAGGAUGCACUCUACUUCCCUGUGCUCAUUGUGCACCGUAACGAGGGCUGCCUGAACCAUUCGCUGCACAUGAACGGAUCCUGCGUGGAGACCACCCUAUGACUCCCACCUAGUCUAGACCUGAACAAGGAAUGUAAUGUCACUGUCCUUUCUCUCUGGAGGUUGAU